CUGAUUACUUAUGUUACUUCUUAUAAAACAGAAAACAUUUUUAAUUUUUACAUAAGAAUUACGACAUAAAAUCACGCGAUGCUAUAUUCUGCAAUGGGAAAAUUCAAGAGAAUUAUCCCUACUUUAUGCGCCGGUAUGAGCCAGAUGGCCGAAUGCUGUGCCGAAAACACAGACCUCAAAUCGAUUUUGGCCCAAAAAAUACCCAAAGAAAUAGAAAAGGUGAAAAACUUUCGCAAGAGCCACGGAAACACUAAAGUGGGCGAAGUUACUGUAAACAUGAUGUAUGGUGGUAUGAGAGGAAUUAAAGGAUUGGUAUGCGAAACUUCUGUGUUGGAUCCUGAAGAGGGAAUACGGUUCAGAGGUCUUACAAUUCCAGAUUGUCAACAAGUUCUUCCCAGAGCACCUGACGGCUGCGAACCAUUACCUGAAGCCCUUUUUUGGCUACUAAUUACCGGAGACGUACCAACAGAAGAACAAACAAGGUCAGUCUCAAAGCAAUGGGCGCAACGUGCUCAUCUUCCAGAACACGUCACCUGUAUGCUAAAGAACUUACCCAAACACGUGCACCCCAUGUCGCAAUUUUCAGCAGCCCUCACCCUUCUAAACACCGAAAGUCAUUUUGUCAAAGCUUACAACUGUGGCGUCAAUAAAACGAAAUACUGGGAGUUUGUCUUCGAAGAUACCAUGGAUUUGAUUGCUAGAAUUCCAGUGAUUGCUGCUAUGAUCUACAAAAAUACGUACAAAGAUGGAUGCGUUCCUGAUAUUGACGAAUCCAAGGACUGGUCGUAUAAUUUUACUCAAAUGUUGGGCUACGACGAUCCGCAAUUUACUGAACUCAUGAGAUUAUAUCUAACGAUACAUAGCGAUCAUGAAGGUGGAAAUGUUAGUGCUCACACAUGUCAUUUAGUGGGUUCCGCUUUGAGUGAUCCUUAUUUGGCUCUCGCAGCUGGUCUCAAUGGAUUGGCGGGACCGUUGCAUGGACUGGCCAAUCAAGAAGUUCUUGUUUGGUUGGAGAAGCUAAGACAACAAGUAGGAGACAAAUAUUCUGAGGAACAGCUAAAGGAAUUCAUUUGGAAAACGCUCAAAGCUGGUCAAGUGGUACCUGGUUAUGGACACGCUGUUUUGAGAAAAACCGAUCCGCGUUAUACUUGCCAGAGGGAGUUUGCCCAAAAAUAUUUACCCGAUGAUCCAAUUUUCAAGCUUGUUUCAUCGGUUUUCAAUGUGGUACCACCAAUUUUAAAAGAACUAGGAAAAGUACAAAAUCCAUGGCCAAAUGUGGAUGCUCAUUCUGGAGUACUUUUACAGCAUUAUGGAAUGAGAGAAACUAAUUAUUACACUGUACUUUUUGGAGUCUCCAGAGCCCUUGGAGUAUUAUCUUCACUUGUAUGGGAUCGUGCUCUCGGUUUGCCCAUUGAAAGACCUAAAUCCAUAUCGACAGAUACCCUUAUAAAGCUAGUUGGAGCUGAGUCUGAGAAAAGUCGAACACCAUGUUAAAAGACAAAAUGUAGCAUUUUUAAUAUUUCGUAUGUUUUUAUUUAGUUUUUAGUUAAUAUUUUAUUUAUUUUUAAAUGAAUUUAUCUUUAUCGCACAAACUAGCCAACAUUCUGUAGUAACAAUAUUUUGGAUCAUUAUAGUCUAUAUCGUACCAAUAAUUCACAGCUAUGCAUUUGUGGCUUUGCCUAACGUGAUGAAACCAGAAACUUGGCAAAUAUAAAACAUCCCCUUUUUCCACUCGAACGUGGAAUUGCCUGGCUGUAACAAAAAAAUCUGGAUAAAUUUCGAGUAAGUUGCCAUUCAAUGGGUCCGCAGCUAUCCAGAAUAUAUUAUUUUCUUGUGGAUUUGAUUCUAGGUCGAACGAACCUCCGGGUUGGACGUUUUCAUAUUUUUUAACAGGGUAGUUUUUAUAAGGCACAUAAGGUAAGUCAACAGGCGGUAUAAGGAGGAAAUCUUUGUGGCCGUCAAUGACGCAGUAGAUGUUUUCGUAGGGAUCUUUGUGC